UUUACGCAUUUAAUCUGUCAGCCAUUUUUUGCAAACGCUAUCUCCCUCGCCUUGUCAGUUGCGGCAGUAAUGCCCUUUUUGGGGAUGUCUCCUUUAAUUCUUCAUAAAGUCGCUUCAGUAAGGGUUUGUUCCGCUGUUGAGAAGAACACCGCUCUAGUUUUCGCUUCUUUUUUGCGACAUGGUAUCUUCAUUUCGAUGAUCGCUUGUUCUGGGCUGCAUAUGUACUCCGUGCGGGUGCACAAUUCAAGCUUUUUCAAGCCUGGUUUGAGUUAACGUUGUCAAUACACGGCUAAAGUGUGUUAAUGGAACGGCUUGAGCCUUAAGUGGAAGCUGGCUUUCAUUCAAGCCUGGCUUUUUCAAUUAAGCGCGGAUUUCAUUAGCGGCGUUAAUGGAAUACCCCCCAGGGCUGGUAGCGAUGGCGAGAUACAAGGCAUGCCUUUCUCUCAAUAUGUAAUACUCUGGAUACACUAGCUACAUUUUCUUAGCUGCAGCGCAAAUUGUCCCAGCCGGCUGCGCCCAAAAGCUACAAAGGACGUCUACCGGUAAUAGAAGAAUGGGAGCUGCAAGGAUGGUCAUGGUGCAGUAGCCGGCGUAAAAUAAACAAGACUGUAGCUACCUAGAAUAGCUAGGCACAUUUCGACUGCACAAAUUACACGGUCUCUGAAAACGUCGCUAUACCAAGUGGGACAACUGCUAUUAGGAUACAUCGCCGUUUCGUCCUUCAUUCUUGAUCUGUCAGGCUGGUUCAUCAUGGAUCCAGGAGCUCACCUGCAUCUUUAUCUCAUCCUGCUCUUUGUGGAAGCUGCAGUGGCAUUGCAGUGCUGGCAGGAACGAACCUACUCAGAAGCUGUGGUCUCCCCGGCCCUGAAGAGCAGCACCAUCCUGCGGGUGCCCGGCGUCCUGUCUCUGGCGGCCUGCGCCGGGGCCUGCUGUGACCUGCCAGGCUGUGACCUGGCCUGGCUGUUUGAGCAGCAGUGCUACAUCCUCAGCUGCCAGCGGAGGGAGAACUGCCAGCCCAGACCCAGACCUGGAGUCGACUCUUAUCUGGCCUUCCUGCAGCGGGAACCUCCCCAGACCCUGAUGUCCCUGGUCAGGGGCAAGCCCCACCCUGGUCAUUGGAGGCCCCGCCCCUCAGGGGACAUUGAGGCCCUGAAGGAUCUAGCCCUGUUAGAUGGGGCACAGACAGAUUUUGGUGACCCAGGGAGGGUUGAUGUAGAGUACCCUGAGAGUGAACUUGGACCCGAGGAUAAUGGCAGGGAUCUUCCAGACUGGCCUGAAUUGUUGGAAGGGAAGGAUGGAUUUAACCUAUCAGAGAGCGAAGGCAGGAUUGAGGGGAUGGGGUUUGCAACAGAAGGGUCUGAGAGCAGCCUGACCAGUCCUUCUGCGGAGGCAGUUAUCAACCAGAAAACACCACCCAGUGGCCCCACCUCUGACACUACACCUGAAAACAAACAAGAUAGUGGACUACAAAACAUGUUAUUAACCAGUUCUGGGCCAACACUCGAAACUCAGAAUGUUGACUCCUCCCAACCAAGCCAAAAAAGGACUUUCCUUACCACUGAAGGCCCAUCGUAUCUCUUCAGAGCAUCACCCCUGACCACAUCCAUACAUACAGCGCUAACCUUGCCCAGAGACCCAGUGGAGCCGGUGGCGUCUGUCCACCCAGAACCUCAAACUGCGCCGAGGACCCAACCGCCCAAUGCUGUCGCCCUCCCAGUCACCCAGGUGGUUCCGCUUCCUGCCAGCUACGCCCUCAUCAACGGCAGCCAGGAUACUGAUGAGGGGGUGACAGUCAGGCAUCACUGGGAGCAGGUUGGAGGUCCAUCCAUAGAGCAGGGAUCCUCAGAGAUGCUCAGCCUAUCCAACCGGACCUCUGGGGAGUACACCUUCAGGCUGACAGUGACAGGUUCUGAUGGGUUGUCAGACUCAAACACGGCUACGGCGAAGGUCAUUCAGCCAGAGGACCUCUCCUCAGUGCUGACCCACAGUCAUGACACCACGACCGCCUCCAGCCCUGGUCUUCCCACUGCCCGCCUCCACUGGCAGGGUGACCCGACUUCAGUCCCCUCCUCUGUCGUUGCCUCGGUGACGAGAGAUGGAAAAAGCCCCCCCACAGCUGAGGUCAAGGAGUCAAACCGGGCCCCCGUGGCUGUAGUGGGCCCUAACACGCAGCUGACCCUCCCCGUGGCCAGCGUCACUCUGGAUGGAAGCCACAGCACGGACGACCAUGGCAUCACCAGCUACCACUGGAACACCGUCAGCGGUCCUCCGGGGUCGAGAAUAGAGGGUGUGGACCGGGCUGUCGCCAUAGCAACAGGCCUCCGAGCAGGCCGUUACAAAUUUCAGCUGACUGUGAGUGACCAGGAAGGGGUGACAGACAGUGCUUUGCUUAUAGUCCGGGUUCAAGAAGCUAGAAGCCUACCACCUGUAGCCCACGCUAGCGGCAGCCAUACUCUCACCCUGCCCAACAACUCCUUGGUGCUUAGGGGCUCAGUGACGAACGGUGACCAAACCAAGAUGCACUUCCUCUGGGUCCGGGACAGCCAGAGCCCCGCUGCUGGAGAUGUGUUGUAUAGUUCAGACCAGCAGGCCUCCCUGUACCUGGCCAACCUGGUGGUGGGGACCUACCUCUUCCAGCUGCGAGUCACUGACACCCAGGGACGCAGCAACACCGCCAUAGCCACUGUGGAAGUGCGCCCGGACCCUGGUGGUGUGGAGGAGGUGGAGGUAGAGAUGCUGGUGGCGGUGGCCCAGGUGAGCAUAUCUCAGCGGGACACCGUGCUCAGGCAGCUGGCCGCGCUGCUCCACGUCAUGGACAAAGACAUCCACUCCAGGGGCCUGUGGGGGCACUCAGAAAUCAGCACAGUGUUGAGGUUCUCAGUGCAGGGUCCUGAGGGGCCAGUCUCUGCUUCUAAGCUGGCCAGUGUGCUCCGUGGUCAACUGCUGAGGGGGAAGACGGACUUCCUGCUCUUCAGGGUCCUCAGAGUGGAUACAGUCAUGUGCUUGCUCCGCUGCUCUGGCCGAGGUUCGUGCGACCCAAUCACAAAGUCAUGCGUAUGUGACCCCUUCUGGACGGAGAACCUGAUUCGCCGUUUCUUUGGUGACGGAGAGAGCAACUGUGAGUGGCGGGUGCUCUACUUCAUCCUGUUCUCCUUCAUGGUGUUCGCUCUUAUUGUGACGGUCACCUGGGCCUGUGUCCACUGCUGCAAAAGGAGGAGGCGCACUAAGGUCAGAAAGAAAACCAAGUACACUAUACUGGACAACAUGGAUGAACAGGAGAGGAUGGAGCUCAGGCCCAAAUACAACAUCAGACACAGGAGCACAGAGCACAACUCCAGCCUCAUGAUGUCUGAGUCGGAGCUGGACAGCGACCGAGACACCAUCUUCAGCCGAGGCCAACCAGUCCGGAGCAGAAACCGUACGAGCACUCAGGCUGCCCGCAAUGGAAAUGCCUUUGGAUGAACAGGAAAUCACUGAAUUCUGGGUGGAUUAUAGAAGUGUCCAGAGGAAGGCCACAGUCUGUGCUUGUUUUCAUUCUUGUGUUCUGUUCAAAUACUGGCAAGUCAGUGAUAAACUAAACACCAUGGGGACAGGAAAACCCAAGGGACUAUGGCCAUAGAGGACUAGAGGAUUCAAGGAACUAUCUAUAGCAUUGAGUUUACAAACAGACAUACCACUAACUGAAUGACAACACUAAGAAUGCAGUUGCUCUUUGUGAGGAGCACAAUGAGAUACUGUGUCCAUAUAUAUUAUUUUAACAAGCAGAUACAGUGAGGGAAAAAAUUAUUUGAUCCCCUGCUGAUUUUGUACGUUU